AUAAGUCACAUAAUCCUUUAAACCCAAUAAUGCAAUAAUGCUAGUUGUAAUAGUUGGUUAAUUGUGCUGAUUAAGUUUGUAAUAGGAUUACUGGAGUGACUUUGACAGUAAUUUUGGCAGUCAUUCUGUUUUGUUACGUUUUCUCCACAAUAGUAUACAAUGUUAUCAGGGCAGGUUCCAUUCCAGUCUCAUGACAGAAGUUUGACAUGCACUAGUGCAGUAGAAAUUAUGAAGAAAAUUAAAAAGGGAGAUUUCUCCUUUGAAGGAGAAGCCUGGAAGAAUGUAUCCCAAGAGGCUAAAGAUUUGAUUCAAGGACUACUCACAGUUGAUCCAAAUAAAAGGCUGAAAAUGUCUGGCUUGAGAUACAAUGAAUGGCUUCAGGAUGGCAGUCAGCUGUCCUCCAAUCCUCUGAUGACCCCAGACAUUCUGGGAUCUUCAGGAGCUGCAGUGCACACCUGUGUGAAAGCAACUUUCCAUGCCUUUAACAAAUACAAGAGAGAGGGGUUUUGCCUUCAGAAUGUCGAUAAGGCCCCUUUGGCUAAGAGAAGGAAAAUGAAAAAGACAAGCACCAGUACGGAAACGCGCAGCAGCUCCAGUGAGAGUUCCCACUCCUCUUCCUCCCAUUCCCAUGGCAAAACUACACCUACCAAGAUGCUGCAGCCCAGCAAUCCUGCUGACAGUGGUAACCCAGAGACACUCUUCCAGUUCUCCGAAUGAGUGGCAUAGGAAUGGUAGGAAUGGCAUCAGUGACCCAUUGCACCUUUAUUUCCCUCAGCAUGUGCCUGAGGUGAUGUUCUGUGCUUUAAAAGAUGUGUCCCAGUGGUCUCAUUGAAGUCUGCCUCUUAAUGAAUUUUUUCAGGAAAGCCUAUUUGGUUAUCCUUGUCCAAAAGCACUGGACAGAGAACAUUACUGUGAAUAAGGCACAUGUAAUACUUUUUGGCGACCUAGCAUGAUGCCAACAGGACUGUUCUUGAAACAGCAAAGGUGUCUGUACAUGAAGUAGGGACUGGUCAGGUUGGCGCUGCCUGUGACAGGUUUUCAUAUCUCCAACAAGACUUAAUGUUGCCUUUUGCUAUGCCUGGUGGACAAGGUGGACUUUUAAGGGAUUUUUAUCUUUUGGAUAGUGAUUUAUCAGAGAAAAAGGUCUGUCUUCAAAAGAGAUUCUGUAAUGAAUUUUAUUUGUGGCUUAUACU